CCCGCCCAUCGUUCGGUCGGUCCGGGGGUCUUCGGUGCUGACGCGCGAUGGGCUCCUUGGCGGUGAGAGCCGGGCGGGCCCGUGGCUGCGCCCCCUGGCGGUUUUUCAGCAAUGGAACCCAAACGUUAUAUCAGAGCAGUGAAGCUUCACAAGCAAAAUUCUUUUCACCGCUCCAAAAAGUAAUGCUUCCACCUAACAGUUUUCAAGGAAAAGUGGCUUUUGUGACUGGUGGAGGUACAGGACUUGGGAAAGGAAUGACAAUGGCCCUGUCCAGUUUGGGUGCUAAAUGUGUUAUAGCCAGCCGGAAGAGCGAUGUUUUGAAAGCAACUGCAGAAGAAAUAUCUUCCCAAACAGGAAACGAGGUUUUUGUAAUCCCUUGUGAUGUGAGGGACCCUGCUAUGGUCAAGAAUGCAGUAUCUGAACUAAUCAAAGUAGCAGGACAUCCUGAUAUCGUAAUAAACAAUGCAGCAGGAAAUUUUAUUUCUCCAACUGAACGUCUCUCCCCUAAUGCCUGGAAGACCAUAGUUGACAUUGUUCUAAAUGGCACUGCCUUUGUAACACUGGAAAUUGGAAAGGAGCUUAUUAAAGCCCAAAAAGGAGCAGCGUUCCUGGCUAUUACUACUGUCUAUACGGAGACUGGAUCAGGAUUUGUAGUGCCAAGUGCUGCUGCCAAAGCAGGUGUGGAAGCACUGAGCAAGUCACUUGCAGCAGAAUGGAGUAGAUAUGGCAUGCGAUUCAAUGUGAUUCAACCAGGACCGAUAAAAACAAAGGGAGCAUUCAGCCGUCUUGAUCCAACUGGGUUGUUUGAGAAGGACAUACUCAAGAGGGUGCCUUGUGGUCGUCUGGGGACCGUGGGUGAAAUUGCAAAUCUUGUUGCCUUCCUCUGCAGCGACUAUGCUUCUUGGAUUAAUGGAGCAGUCAUUAGAAUUGAUGGUGGAGAAUUCGUUUCCAUGGCAGGGGAAUUUAAUAACCUGAGGAAGGUGACCAAGGAGCAGUGGGACAAUUUAGAAGCAUUGAUCAGGCAAACAAAAGGUUCAUAGGCCGCACUGGCCCUGCUUUCUUUUUUUGAUGGGUGUAGAGGUUGUUAUUUUAAAAUAACUUCUCUUUAAUACUUCAUUUACUAUAUUAAUAAAAUGUUAUUGAAAAAUGUU